AUGACAAAACAUACUAACUGCUGUAUAAUUGGGGGUUACGAAGCUAAUGAAGGCGACUUCAAGUACCAAGUGUCCAUACAAGUGAACAAUGUACACAUUUGCGGAGGUAGUAUCAUUGGCAAUUACUUUGUUCUCACAGCUGCCAGUUGCUUCUACAAAAACAAGAAAUUUCAAAAUCUUCCAUACAAAAUUGUGGCUGGAGGAGUAAAUUUAAAAUCAAUCAAUGUCUCUAAAAGUGACCUAAAUAAAGUUUACGUGCCUGUAAAGUAUUUGGAUGGGUUACUUUCUAAUGACCACGAUAUUGCUGCUGUGUUGCUGAAGAGUAGUUUAAAUCUGAUUAAAUUCAAUUCGCAAAUUGGAAAAUUAAAUUUACCACAAAAGAACUACGAAUACGCGGGUCCUGAUGCCGUUGUGUGUGGCUUCGGAGUAAAGAGUAUCAGAUACAUCAAGGAUGAAGUGGGGACCACGGAGUACCACGAAAAAACAGAUCAUCUCCGGUACGCCAAUGUCACGGUGUUUGACGGCACGUCCAACUGCACCAGAAACAGUGGCCCGUUUUUACAGAUAACCGACCAAGUGAUUUGUGGACAAGUCAGACCAAUCGCCAUUUCUAGAUACGGAGGCACGUGUAUGGGCGAUAGGGGCAGUGGAUUAGUCGUUGAUAGCAAAAUAAUCGGAGUGUUGGUCGUCCACACGCAAAACUGCGACGAAACCCGAUUACGUUCGAUCUACGUGAAAGUGGCGUCUCACCUGGAUUUCAUUGACAGCGUAAGAAAAAACAACGUUACCAGCGACGUGCGAGUCCAAACAUUGGGUGCAGACCAAAGUGAUGUUUCCUCUGGUUUUUACAAGUAUCAGUCGUUGCUCAUGAAAUUAAGACCAAAUUCAAAGAACAGAAAAAUAAUGCACGUUUAA